AUGGCGCCCUGGCUUCAAGCCCUCGCGCACCACCCAGUGUGGACCCUCCCUCCGCCAGCCUCGUCCUCGUCGUCCAACGACCUCGCCCGCUCAACCGCCCCAGGGUCAGCAGCACACGCAGCAGCGCAAGCUGCACUCGGCCGCUCGUCGUCGACGGUGGCCCCCCUGUCCCAGUCCAACUCGAGCCGCUCCUUGUUCGGCCUCGCCAACUCGCCCUCAUCCCCCUCGUCGUCCUCGUCCCCGGCCAAGCCGCACCCGCUCAAGCGCAGCCGCUCGUCCCACACUGCCGGCGCCAAGAGCUCAACCGAGCGCCGCAUCAAGGGCGGGCGCACGACCCGCGUCGCCGUCGUGCGCGGCACCGACCUCGUCGUUGCUGUCGGCAGCGAGCUGCGCAUGGCGAGCCUCGCUCAGGUCAAGAGCCGCGCGAUCGAGGCGGGCGAGUUGCCUGUGGAGGACAUCGACCUCGGUGACUACAAGGUCCUCAACACGCCCGCCGUCACGUUCGAGAUCCAGCAGCUCAUCGUCAACCCGACGUCAAAGCUGCUCGCCGUCGUCGGCGCCCACUCGGUCGUCGUCGUCGUCCUCCCGCGCCGAGGGUGGACCAACACGGUCAGCAAGACGCUCGAGUGCCGAUCGCUCCCCGUCGGCGCCUUCUACCACUCGUUGGCCGGCUCGCCCACCAUCGCGUCCGUCCUGUGGCACCCGCUCGGCCACGACGCGUCGUCGCUCGUCGUCCUCACUUCCGACGCCACCCUGCGCGAGUACACCGUCUCCGAGUCGCUCGACGAGCCCGCCCAGACGCUGUCGUUCGCGCGAGCGGGUGCGGGCGCGGGAGCGGGCACGGCGAGGAAGGGCGGGUUCGGGCUCGACGCGGUCGACCGCGAGGCGCAGACGGCCGUCGCGCUGUGUGUCGGCGAGGGCAAGGGCGACUGGGGCCCGUUGACGCUGUAUGCGCUCAUGCGCAACGGCGACGUCGUGUCGAUGUGUCCGUUCCUCCCCAAAAAGGCGUCGCUCACGCCCAACUACGUCCACGCCCUGUCGGCCUUCGUGUCGACCAAGGUCGACUACCUCUCGUCCGCCUCGCCCUUCCCCGCCCUCGAGAAACGCUACAGCCUCCAGCAGCAGUACGUCAGCUCGCUCGUCCGCCAAGUGACGACCUCUGGGCCGCCCGCCUUCGCCACCGACCUCGGCCUCGACCGCGCCGACGACGACGACGACUCGCACGACCCGUCGACGCCCCGGGACGUCGUGUCGCCCUCGCGCCCCGCGUUGGCGCCCCGGCUCCAGGGCCCGUUCCUCCUCCAGCCGGCGCCCGCAGAGCUCGACAACGGCGCCGACGGCGCGGCGUGCGACCUCGCGUACCUCGCCCAUGCGGCGCCGUCGGGCGAGGCGGGCGACGGCGAGGCCGACGGCGAGGCCGACGGCGAGGAGGAGAUGGGCGAGGGCGUCGGCGUGCUCGCGAUCGCGUACCGCGACGGCAAGGUCGACCUGUGCCUCGAGGUCGAGAAGGUCGAGGCGCGCUUUGUCGGCGAGGCGCCGCCUCCCGCCGCCCCGGCCGCCGCCCUCGCGAGCUCGUCUCGCUCUGGCGCGCUCGUCCUGCGCAACCGCUCGACGCCCCGACGCGGCGGCGGGUUCGGCGCCGCCAACCUCGACUCGGACGACGACGACGAGCCCGCCGACGCCAAUGCCGACGACGCCGACGACGCCGCCGACCUGCCGACGCUCGCCGUGUUCGAGUCGAUCGACCUCGGCCUCGCGACGGCGCUCUCGCCCGCCGGGUCCGAGCACGUCGUCGCGCGCGCGCUCGCGCACAACGCGCCCGUCUUCGCGCGCGACCCGCUGUACGGCGCCGACACGCUGUACGUGCGGCACGCGCUCGGCGCGCACUGCCUGUUCCUCGGCCCGUGGUUGGCGCCCAUGGCCGAGGCGCUGAGGAGUGCGGCGAGGAGGGGCGAGGACGGCGGCGACGAGGGGCAGGACGACGACGAGAAGCUCGAGAGGGAGCUGAGGGAGGGGUUGCUCGGCGCGCAGGGCGGGACUGAGGUGUGCUGGGUGCUCAAGACGGUCGGUGCGCAUGGAGAGGAGGACGCGCACGAGGGUGAGGGCGCCGCCUCCGCCGCGCAGCCGGUCGAAGGCCUCGCGCUCCUGAACGACGUGUACCUCGGGUACUCGCUCGUGCUCGUCACGGCCGCGCUGCAGCCCGUCGGCAUCGAGCUCGCGCUGCGCAUCGACGCCUCGGCGACCGCGUUCGACGACGCAUCCGCUGCCGCCAGGUCCGCAACACCGGCCAAGCCCGCCGCCGCCGCCGCCUCCUCGACCGAGCCCGCCUACGUCUCGCUCCUGUCGCAGACCCCGUUCACCGUCCCCGCCAUCCUCUCUCGCCCGCGCACCGCCGCCCCGCUCGUCCCUCGCCUCCCGUCCACGUCGUCCGAGCUGCGCGUGACGCCCGACACGCUGCGACAGCUCGGCAAGCACGUCUCGGCGACGCAGACGGCCCUGCGCGACCUCGUCGCCGCGUCGGGCGUCGUCUCGGCGCGCGUCGAGCUCCAGAUGAGGGAGCUCAAGCGCCAGGUCGACAAGGUGCGCGAGCUCGACGAGCGGCGUGCAGAGCUCGGCAGGAGCGUCGGUGCGGGCGCCGGUGCCGGGGCGGGUGCGGGUGACGGGGCAGCGGGCGGCGUCGAGGCGAGGGUGCGCGCGGCCGAGGAGAGGCAGCACGCGCUCCUCGCGCGCACGGACCGCGUCCUGCAGCGGCUCGUCGAGAGCCACCAGCCGCAGGUGAGCGCCGUCGAGCGCAAAUGGUUCGACGAGCUCGAGCGCCUCAGCGACCAGGUCGACGGCGGCGUCAGCGACGACGAGGACCGCAGCUGGUCGGCGGCCGUGGCGGCGGCGGCGACGGGAGGAGGGUCAGGUGCGGCGCCGCUCGCGUUGAGGGCGCAGCGGCUCGAGGCGCAGAUGGAGCUGCUGCGGCCGGCGCUCGAGGAGCUGAGGCGCAAGGAGGAGGUCAAGCGGGCGGCGGGAACGCCGGCGCGCAACGGCGCGGGCGGCAUGGGCCAGUUGCAGCUCGCUCGGGUCGAGGGCUUGCUCUCAGACGAGGCAAAGAUCCUCGCCGACGCCAAGCGCAAGGUCGAGCGCCUCACGAGCGCCCUCGCCUCUGCGUCUCUUUGCGGCUGAAUGCAACGCCGCGUGUUCCUUAUUGCCUUCUCU